AAAAUCUGCGAACCAUAGUGACCACCUCCACUAGACUCACUUGGACUCUUUACAGAGCGGACGCAGAGAGUUUUUCUGUAUACGAAAAGUACAAUGGCGGACAAAACGGGAGAAAUUGAUUUGGAGAACAGGGAUCCUAACGGAUUAAAUAGUCAUCUCGGGACCCUACUCUUCAAUGACGUUAUCGGAGAACCGGAUGGGACCCACAGUAUCGACUGCGUCUUCAAACUGUCCAACACCUGCUUUGAGUUAUGGAAGGGUCUGUGCUAUAAGUUGCUGACCUUUUGUUGCGGUUGCUGCAUAGCGAUGGAGUGGGGCUGUGAAUUUGCCUACAUCGCAUUCGCCCAUAUUUGGUUCAUAUCACCUUGCUUGAAAGUCUGUGAAAUCAAUUGUGGAGUUUGUCAGCGAAUCUAUACCACGUGUAUCAACUGUUGUUGUACUCCGUGCUACGAGUCCAUUGGCGGGAUAUUCCAUCAUUUCAAGAGAUAAAACCAAACUUUUUAAAAUUAUUUAACAAGAUGUUCUAUUUAAUGC